AUGCUGUCAGUCAAUCAGCUGCAUGCCCAUCAGCUUGAAGCAAGGAAGCGACUCCAUCGUCAUCAACCGGCGUCACUUGCGAAUCAUGCCGCUGCGAAUGAGUGUAACGUAGCCAUCUCCAGAUCUAUAGGACGGAUCCACUGGCAGAAGCUCCGUCGCCUUGUGACUCAGCCCGUGUCGUAUGCGGUCUGUAGCGCUUCCCUGCCGGAUGGAGAACACACUCACAUUGAAAUCGGAGCUCGUCGCCCAAACACCACCUUUGAGACCGAUGAUGGCGGCUUGGGUGAUCUUGCCCGUGCCAACGAGGCUGUGCGUCGAUUUGUGUGUGUUUUCAACACAACCAAGUGGAGGAUGCUCACUACAACGACGCGUUUUGGCUCGAUCAAGUUUGCCCGUCCGUACGCCAAUUCUACGCAAGUUGCUCUACGUACCAUCACAACCAAAUCACUCCCAUCAACACCAUUUUCGAUACUGGACAAAAUGGCUCGCACUUUCUUCGUCGGCGGUAACUGGAAGAUGAACGGCUCGCUCGAGUCGACAAAGUCUCUCACCCAGACUUUGACACAGGCCAAGCUCGACUCGAAUGUCGAGGUGGUCGUUGCACCCCCAGCCCUCCACCUCCUGACCGUGCAGGAGCAGCUCAAAGGCUCCUCCGUCUCGGUCUCGGCUCAAAACGCCUUCCACAAGGCCAGCGGUGCCUUCACCGGCGAGGUUUCCGUCUCGAUGCUCAAAGACGCCUCCAUCCCUUGGGUCAUCCUCGGUCACUCUGAACGUCGCACCCUCUUCCACGAAUCCGACGCCAACGUCGCCGAAAAGACCGCCGCCGCUCUCGCCGAGAACCUCUCCGUCAUCCUCUGCAUCGGCGAGACGCUCGAACAGCGUGAAGCCAACGAGACCGUCAACGUUGUCGUUCGUCAACUCAACGCCGUUGCCGAUCAGGUCAAGGACUGGUCCAAGAUCGUCGUCGCCUACGAACCCGUCUGGGCCAUCGGUACCGGUAAGGUGGCCACCUCGGAACAGGCCCAGGAGGUCCACGCCGCUAUCCGCAAGUGGGCCAGCGAGAAGCUCGGCAAGGACACCGCCGACAAGCUCAGAAUCAUCUACGGCGGCUCCGUCGCCGGAAAGAACUGCAAGGAGCUCGCCCAGCAGCCUGACAUUGACGGUUUCUUGGUCGGAGGCGCCAGUCUCAAGCCUGAGUUCGUUGAUAUCGUCAACGCGAACGCUUGA